UCGGCCGACACUUCCCCCGACCGACCCUCGCAUCUCACAUCUACACACCCCUCGCCAUGUCCUCUGCGGUCACCGAGACGGAGGAGUCGGCGCGCGGCUCCCCGCUGACGCCGCUCAAGCUGGUCGGGCUGGUGUGCGUCUUCCUGGCGCUCUGCCUGGACGUGGGAGCCGUGAUGAGCCCGGCGUGGGUGACCGCCGACGACCAGUACUACCUGUCCCUGUGGGAGUCCUGCUGGAAGCCGGCGAGCACCGAGAACUGGCAGUGCAGCAGCACGCUGGGCUCAGACUGGCAAGUUGCUACGCUGGCCCUGUUGCUAGGGGGUGGAGCCCUGGUGCUGAUGUCAUUCCUGGUCGCUCUGGUUGCCGUGUGCAUCGGCACGAGACGGCGAUUUUACGCACCCGUCGCCCUCAUGCUCUUCGCUGCAGUUGUGCUCCAGGCCUGCAGCCUGGUCCUCUACCCCAUCAAGUUCAUCGAGAGCAUCAACCAAAGAAUCUACCAUGAGUUCAACUGGGGCUAUGGCCUGGCCUGGGGGGGAACCAUCUUCUCCUUUGGUGGGGGAAUCCUGUACUGCCUCAACCCGAAGAACUAUGAGGAGUACUACUAG